AUACACUUUUAGUUCGUUACCAGUUACGUAUGGCUCAAGGGUCGCGUUCAUCAAGUUCGGCAAUGGAUUUUUUGAAGGAUGUCUUCACUAAUCCAAUUAAUGUGGGGCUAUUGGCAAUGUGCGGCUAUGUAAUAUAUAAAAUAUUUAAAAGUCGAUCUCAGGAUGACCCUGGCCCGCCUCCUGAACCAGAAUUGCCUCCUAUGAAGAAGAAAGAUUUCACAUUGGAGCAGCUUAGAGAGUUUGAUGGCAUGCGUGAAGAUGGUCGAAUUUUAAUAGCAGUUAAUGGUAAAAUCUUUGAUGUUACUAAAGGGAAAAAAUUUUAUGGGAUUGGAGCCCCCUAUGGUGUGUUUGCUGGGAAAGAUGCUUCACGAGGAUUAGCAACAUUUUCUCUUAACGAAGAAUCAAUUAAAGACGUUUAUGAUGAUUUAAGCGACUUAAACAAAAUGCAAAUGAAUUCCGUUCGAGAGUGGGAAGAGCAGUUUAAUGACAAAUAUCCUUUCGUUGGAAGACUGUUGAAACCUGGACAGGAACCUCGCGACUAUUCCGAUACUGAAGAUGAAAGCAUUGAAAAACCAAAACUCGAGUAA